UUUACGAAUUUCUUGACAUAUUUUGUCAAAACUUUACGAUUUUAUUUUACAUUUAUUUAAAUAUAUUACUACUUCAAAAUGGAGAAUAAAUCUCAAGAAGAAUCUGCAAUUAGGGCAAGUUUGAUGCCAGGAAAGCCAGAUUCUCAAGCUUCUUUAGACCAGUUGAUUAUUAAAUCAACCUCCUCUUCCUCAAAAUCAUCUGUGCAAGGAAAGAUCAGGUUCCAGAGGCAGAAUUUAUAUAAACGCAAGAAGGUACAAAAAUCCAUAAAAGAGAUUAUUAAGCCGAAGACACCUCUAAAGAAGAGAUAUUUUACUACGGGUCAUGGAAUAGACGAAACGACAAAGAAAGAUUUAAGUAAAGAACCAUCUCCCUUCAAGUAUCCCCAAGACCUUGAAGAAUUUGCCCAUAAAGUUAUGACCAAGGCAUGGAGAAAUGAUAUAAGAGUAAAAGAGCUUAAAGUAAAGUGCUCGCAAAAACCUAGCCAUAAAGACAGACAAAGACAGGAUCUUCUGCAAAGAUUGUAUGUUGAAGAUCCAACUAUAGAUACUUUAACUACUAUUGUGGAUCUUGCGCCUGAAUAUUUCACAAUAGUAGAAGGACGUCCAAUUCCAGAUAACAUGGACAUUAGAAAAUACAUAGAUACAGUGAGAGACUCUCUUAGGACUCAAAUAGUCAAUGGAUACAGGGAAGAUGACAUUAUGCUGAUAGAAGAAAAUCUUCUUCUUGAGCAAAAGAUUAUAGAAAAAAUUUUGGCAAACUAUAAUAAAUAUGUUAAUACUUUCGAAGAGUUCCUUUAUAGGGAUCACACCUCUUCAAUGGAGUUGCUAAAAGAAUCGGAAAGAGUGGCAACAGAAGCUUAUGAUAAAUACAACGAAUAUAAGUUAGUCGCUAAGCAGUAUGGAGCAGCAAGAUCAUCUUUAUAUAACUCUGAAGAAAAAUGGAGAAACUGUCAGAUGUACGAAAAGUUUUUACACCUGGUAAGUCCAUUCAGUUGGCGGCAGCAACACCAAACUAAUGCACCAGGAACUUCCUUUAAUGAAGACGAUGACCUGGAAGAAAAUCUAUUUGGAAAGUACUGUCUGUCUCUUGAAAGGGAACAAGAACUAUCCCUUAAUGAUCUCCUGGGUAAAUUCCAAGAAGAAAAUCCAGAGGAUGACUCUCCAGAACUAUAUUUCACCAAUCCCGAGCAAUUAAUAGAAGUGUUUCGGUUCAUGGAGAUGCAGAAUCUCAAUUCGUUACUUCACUCAGAAGAAUUGGCCUUACCCCUUGAACAAGUUAGAUAUGGAAUGCGACGCGCAGAAGAAAUGUUCGAUAAGGAAAUUAAGAACCUUAAAGAGAUCAUAGAUAAGUUGGAAGGAGGCAUUAGCUGGGAAGAAGAAAGAGCCAAAUAUUUGGAGGAAUUGGCUUUGAAGUUAAUUGGUAAUGAAUUUAAGAAGUUGGUUAUGGAUGAUGAAGUCUUAAACCUUCAUGUUUUUGUUGAGGAGGUGUAUGAGACCAGAAUAGGGCCGAACGAUGCCAACCUAUGUAUAGAUGAUAUGAUGAAAGCCAUAGAAGCUAGAUACAGACACGAACUGCUUGCACUUGAUAAGGUUCCAGCAGAACAAGUAGCACUACUAGAAAGUGGUUGUUACGCUGAACAAAUGAUGGUGAUGCGUUUGGCUGAAAAAGCAGCUAAGCAGUACGCGGAGCUUGAGCAGCUGACCUACAAACUUAACAGAGCAUUUGCUCCUCCAUAUAAGAAAACUGCUGGUAAAGAGUUGAAGAAGAGGUCUCCUCCUGUUGAGCAAAGAGGCCAAGUUGUAGCCCCGCCUCGUGAGCUAACGCAAACUGAAGCGGAAUAUUUGGACUUCUUUACGGAUUAUUGCAAGUAUUCUGAUGAUCCUAAAGAUUACGGAAUUAAUACUGCUGCGGAACCGAGGCAAGUUAUCAUAGAGUUGUCAAGCGAGGAAGAAAAGUGAUUAGUAGAUUUCAAUAUGUCAUCAACUUUUAAUAAAAUUUAUUAUAAUUUAA